GAUAGAUCAUUAAAUUCUAACCUCAUUCAAAAUAAAAAAUUGUGGAUUAAUAAUUUUAAUAGCUAUAUUUUGAUUUGAACAUGUUGCGAGUGCUAUAUUCUCAAAUAAGAAAAAAAAAUCUGCUCAAGAUUCAGUCAGCCUUUUUUUCUGAUGAUUCCGUAAAUCAGACACCCGCGAUCGAAAAAUCUCCUGCGCCACUUGGCUUUGCGAAAUCUUAUGAGAAAUUCGAAGAAAUUACCAAAGUUCAACCUGAGACACCGGAGACAUUUGAAACUUUGUUAAGGAAUUCAAAGUUCAUUGAUUUAGGGGAUCCUUCCAAUAAAAUAGUAAUUGGAAAAAUAUUUCAUGUUGUAGAAGAUGAUUUGUACAUAGAUUUUGGGUGGAAAUUCCAUUGUGUUUGCCCUAGACCCAAAAAAAGUUCUAAUGAAUAUGUGAGAGGAGCUAGAGUAAGACUUCAAAUCAAGGAUCUGGAAUUAUCUUCAAAAUUCUUGGGCUAUGAAAAAGAUUUAACACUAUUAGAGGCCAAUUGUUUCUUAUUGGGCUUAGUGCAAGAUAGGUCCAAAAAAGUAUAGAGAUAUUUCAAAUAGAUUUUAUACACAUAAAAUAAUAGGUACUAGUUAUACAAGUAUUAUAAGAACAAAAAUAACUGAUAGAUUCUUCUGAUACCUUAAUUAUAUAAUAAUUCAUAAAUAAUAAAUUGUAUAUUAAUAAA